AGGUCAGUUCCAGGAAUUAUUUAGCCUUUUAAAAUGGAAAAUAAAAAUUAGCUCAUUUAAGUUCUUGUGAGUAAUAAUUAACAAAAGCCCAUAAAAACCAUCUGACUAGUACUUAUUGAGUUUCCAUUAGUGCUGCUUCUUCAAGUAAAACAGCUGUGAGCUCCUGCCACCAUCUUUCAUUACACCAACCUCAGGCUGGGUAAGCUCUCCUAUCUGGCUGUUAUCUUUUCAUGAAACAGAGUGUCUGUUCGUCGUCUGACAAACUCUUAACGACAGUGACACCCACUAUUUGGUUACAUGGACAGUCAGGGAAAGACUGACGAUGGCUCACUGCUUCAUGCAUGCAUGAUUCAGUCCCAGACACGGAGAAGUGCAACUUAAGCAGCAUCUCCACCCAGAUACCCUGGCUGUUGAGGACCAGUUAGUCCAGCCCAGGAAGCUCAGGCUGGCAUGAACAGAACACUGUGCAUUCUGUUUGUGCAUUCUGUUCAGUUUCUGAUAUCAGAAUAUGCAGUAACACACAUAAAACAUCAUGCCACACCAUCUAUGUCCAAAAGACACACUCCAUUGUGUAAGCCUAAAAUAUGCUUUGCUCUGAACUCCAUCUAUUUUUCAGUGUUAUUAGGCACCAAUUCCCUCUGUAGUCUGUGAUAAAUACUACAUAUCCAUAAAUUUGAACUAUUUAUCAACAGAUAUGCAAAUGUGUGGCAUACUGGUGGCCUAUUAAAAAAAAGGAAAAUCCCUCCUUGUGGGAGGUGAAAUGCAUCUUUCCUAACUAGCCAAUAAGCCAUCUCUUGUGGGAGUGUGCAUGACAAAACCUUUCUGCAGAAGCUGCAGUAAUCAUUCUGAAGCCAUCUGAAGGUAAAUAUACUUCCUUUUACUUUUUUCUUUCUUGGAGUUACCUGCUAAGAGCUUUUUUAAAACAAGAAAAUUAGUUUUUGAAUCUAAAUAUGUUGAAGGGAAGUGUUCUCCUGUUUAUUGAAGAAAAGAUUUCCAUCUGUUCUUGCAAAGAUGCCAAAGAUAAAGUGUCAUGGGGCUCAGAGAGUUUACCUGCUCACAUGACAGCACCUGCUGAGAUUUGACGGGAAUGCCGUUUUAUCAGUUCAACGGCAUCUUUCAGGAACACAGUUUAUUUUUGCUUGUAGAAGAUUAUUCUUCUCUGCUUUCCUGCUGCUGGUUGAAAUGGAAAUUUUUGAGAGCUGUAUACAUGUUUCAUGUGUCAACAAGAGGGCUGCGCGGUUGUAUCAGUUGAAAACGGAUGAUGCAGAAGAUCUCACUGUUAUCUGUUUCCUCUGCUUCUGUCUCACAGUUCUGAAUCUCACAGAACAGUCUCUUUCCGAGCUGCUCUUUGCAGCUCUGAUAAGACAGAUUUGAAUGAACAAAAGCCACUACUUAAGCUGCUGUCAUCCCUGUGGAGUUGACGGAGGUCGCUGCUGGGUUUUUAGUCAUGUCUUGGAUCAGAACGGGUAAAUGCACAGCCGGGAUACGAGGACUGAUUCCAUGGAUUUUUGUGACCAACGUCAUGCUGAUUCUGUAUUGCUUCACCGGCUCAAAUCAAGUGAAUCACAGUGAAUCCAAAGAAGACACCUGCCCUCUCAGCUUGGAGAAAUCCAACUCCAAAGGGCCCUCCCAAGCCCCCACAUCAAAUUGCUCCCCCAAAACGAACAUCAUGUUCAUGAAAACUCAUAAAACUGCGAGCAGCACCAUCCUGAACAUCCUCUUCAGGUUUGGGGAAAAACACAAGCUGAAGUUUGCCUUUCCUGAUAAACGGAAUGACUUCUUCUACCCGUCACCUUUCCAGGCCUCCCUGGUGAAGGACUACAGGCCAGGAGGGUGUUACAACAUCGUCUGCAACCACAUGCGCUUCAAUCAUCCAGAAGUGGCCAAACUCCUGCCGCCAGAUGCAGCAUACAUCACCAUACUGCGAGACCCGGUGGAUCUCUUUGAGUCCUCCUUCCAUUACUACCGCAAACUAGUUCCCCUUACGUGGACCAUCGGCGGGGACAAUAAGCUGGCUGAGUUUCUGAAGAAUCCUCAGGCCUUCUACAGUCCAGAGGCUUUCAACUCCUUCUAUCUUAAGAACAUGCUCUCUUUUGACUUUGGUUUUGACAACAACCUUAAAGCUGACGAUCCACAAGUCACGAGACACAUUCACUACCUUUCUGAGCAGUUUCACUUCGUCCUCAUAGCUGAACAUUUUGAGGAAUCUCUCAUUCUGCUCAAGGAUUUACUCUGUUGGAGCACGGAGGACAUCUUGUAUUUUAAACUCAACGCUCGGAAGAGCUCGUCAGUAUCCAAGCUUGACCCCGAGCUGAGAGCUAAAGCUUUACAGUGGAAUGGAGCAGACUGGAAACUCUAUCAGCACUUCAAUGCUUCAUUCUGGGCCCGAGUGGAAGCUUACGGGAGAGAAAGGAUGAAUCGGGACAUACAAGAGCUGAGGAGGAGAAACAAUGAGAUGAGGACGAAGUGUAUUGACGGAGGGGGUGCGGUUGAAGCCCAGAACAUUCAGGACCAACAUUUCUUGCCCUGGCAGCCACUUGGAGAGAAAUCCAUCCUUGGAUACAAUUUAAGGAAAGAUAUUGAGCCUAAAUUCAGGAAAACAUGUGAAAAAAUGCUCACACCAGAAAUACAAUAUAUGUCAGAUUUGGGAGUAAGCCUGUGGGUUACUAAACUGUGGGGUUGGUUUAAAGAUAUCAUUUUUUAACAUCAAACUACAGUUUUUUAGAUUUCAUUCUGGACCAAUAAGAAAAUGCCUAAAGUCUCAACUGCCUAUCAGAAGGUGAGAAGUGGAUUACAAUGUAGACAAUCUAAAUUAUAUAAAUUAAGGUUAAAAAUGUUCAAGCUUUAGAUCUUGUGCUUAUUUACUUUAUAUUACAUAUCAAUCUCCCAAAAAUCAUGUUAGAUUUGUCACAUGAUGCUUGCAAAUCCUUCAGAGUGGGAGCAGAAUGUGAAACAAAGUGAUGGCGCAACAUGUUUAUGAGUAAAAACCUCUGUAGUAUUGACAUGCAGCAUGAGUGAAAAACUCUGUGGGCAUUGUGGAGCGUAUGCUUUCUAAGUGAAGUUGUAUAAUGUGAAGGGAUUAAAUAACUUUUCUUAAACAGAUCACUUCCAUUGCAAACAAAAGGUGGUGUAGCUUCAGGUGACUCAGACACACUGAUUUUUUUUUAAUCGUGAAUAUGCAAACACUGUUUACUAUGCUUAAAUUCAAAUCUACUGCAAAAAAAAUACAGGUUAUGUUUAGUUGUCUGAAGAUUUGGAUCUUUUUCACUAACAACCUGUAACAAAAUUACUUAAACCCUAUCUGUUUUUUUUACAGAAACAAUUGUGUUCUUGAUCUAGUUCAACUGAUUUUUUUCUAAGCUCCGUGACCCUGAAAAUAACGCAUGUGACGUUUAAUAAAUCACAAAUGGGACUACUUGCGCCUCCUAGUGGACUAAGACUGUAAUGACACAUUUAAUUUCACUUCUAUUUGUCACAAACUCUGAUAAACACAAGCUGCUACUGUAUUCACCAAGCUACUCUCUCAAAACAAAAAACUAGAGAAUGCAAUCCAGCUUUUGUCAAUGUGAAAUGCAUCUAAUGAUAUAUCAAGAAGUUUUAAACUUUUUUUUUACUCCACAUCCCUAAUUGACACCACUAUAUAUAUAUAUAUAUAUAUUUAGUUUAUACUGAUAUAAGACAAGUAUUUCCUACCUGCAAAGAGCUUUUGUUUAAUUAUGUUUUUAAUCUAUGACAUAGUAAAUGUACUCCCAUUAAUUGAAUAUUUAAUUGUUUUUUGUGUGCGUUGCCUAUCUUUUUAAAUGUCACUGUUACAAAAACAAGCUUUUCAAUCUCAGUGUUUUUUUGUUCAUUUGCCACAGUGUUUAUCUUUAAACAAAUUAACAGACAUACCUCACAGUGUGCCUAUGUUAUGUAUUAGUGGCGGUACAAACCCUUUUAAUUUAUAAGUGCUGAUUUUUGAAAAAUAGAACAUAAAACGGCUUCAGUUCUUUUUUUCUCCUUUGCUAACUGAAUUUUUACCCAGUCUAAAAAUGGUUACAAUUAUGGUUUAAAACUAAGCAUAUAGUUAUAAAACUGAUGUGACUGACAACUGGAAAUAGUCAAUACACAUUGCAAAAAAUGUCCUAUUAUGUUCAUUGGACACAUGUAAAAGAGUACAGUUGAGUACAUAGUCAUUUUUUAUUUUAUUCUUCUACUUUGCUCUUUUUACUGCUGUUAUUCACAUCUGUAAAUGCUUGACUUGCUAAAUAGGGAAAACUAAACAAAACUUUCCUGCAAAACCUGACUUUUUUUAAAAGAUAAAACCCAAUCGUUCGGAAAAAUCAAAAGGAAAAACCACUAUUGUGUGUUGUGCUAACAGGUUUGAAGCUCAAAUGAAGCUUUGCCUGUGCAUUUUUAAACUAAUAAAGGACAGCUCAGACUAGGAAUCUCCUAAAAGAUCUGAGUAGAUAAAAAGCUAAAUAAAAAUGUGAAGUUGGUGUCCAACAGUGAGAACUUGGCAUGAAUUUAUGGAACAUAUAAAAUAAAUCACCUACAGUAACACUUAAACGACAUUAAGAUGUUUAAUAUAAACAAUUCACAAUCUGCGAGUUGAACAAUGAGGUUUAGACAUCAGCCAUGAACGGGAUGAGAAGCAAAAGGAAACUCCAUCUUCACGGUGGCCAUAGGUUUGAGCCACCCUCUGUAGGUGUUGAGAGUUUCUUCCAGCCUCAGACAUGGUGCGUACGCUGUCCAGGCUGACAGAUGUGGGAUUGGGGCGCUAAAUCCAGGAACUGAAGAAUGGGGAAUGGAAUCAUGACAGCGCCUUCAUUUCAGCCUUGAAUAACCCUGGGCCACGUCCUAUUCCUCGUUUUUGUUCUCGUAGUUGUGUUUAAUGUGUUU